GAGAAUUUAUAUGUAGUGUUUAUGUGGGGCAUGCCGAGACUGGGUCAGGGAGCAAUUAAAUAAGAUAUAACUCUGAAGUGCAUUUCUAUGAAUGUACAGGGUUUAAAUACCCCAUUUAAAAGAAAACUUUUAUUUGAAUUACUCAGAAAGGACCGGAUAGAUAUAGCUAUGAUACAAGAAACCCACUGGAAAAGGGAGGAGGAGACCAGAUGGAAGUAUAAGUUGUAUGAGGUAGCCGCACAAGCAUCUUUAGAGAGAGCCAAAAAAAGAGGAUUGGCCAUCAUUUUUUCAAAAAGGCUCAAUAAAGAUAUAGUUUACUAAGAGGUAGACAAUGAAGGUAGAUACCAGAUUCUAGUAUGUAAAAUAGAUUUGUUUAAUUACAUUUUGGUGUAUUACCAACUAAGUACUUAAAGAAGAUAAUGGAAAGGGUGGAAAAGGUUAAAUUGGGAUUACUAGUUAUUACUGGGGAUUUCAAUUGUGUCCCAGAUACAAUACUAGAUAAAAAAAACUAAAGAGAAUAAAAAAAUUAGUAAACAACUAAAGAAACAACCUAAUACCUUAAGAAAUAUCAUGCAAGAAAAUAAUUUAAUGGACAUAUGGCAAGUAUACCACCCAAAAGAAAAAGAAUAUACACACCACUCUGGAGUACACCAUUCAUUGUCCAGAAUUGAUCUGGUUUUGGGGGAGAAAAGUCUAGUUGAACAAAUGCAGAAAAUCAUAAUAAAGGAUAAUCCAUGGGCGGACCCAGGCUUCGGGGUAUGUGAGCUGUGCGGCCGCACAGGGCGUCAUGAGGCCGACACAGCUUGCACAUGGCUGGUGUCAGGUACCCGGGUGGAGGAUUUCAUUAUUCUCCACCCGGGUCUAUUAAAUAAAAAUAAAAAAUUGAGGGGGCGGGGCUAAUACUUUCCACUGCUGCACAGGAAGAAGGAAAGAGCCCGUGCUUCUCCAACAACCAACUGCAUCCACUGGAAAGAUGUAAGUGUGUGUGUGUCUGUCUGUCUGUCUGCAUGCCUGUGUGUGUGUGUGUGUGUGUGUGUGUGUGUGUCUUUCUGUGUGACUGACUGACUGCCUGCCUGUAUGUGUGACUGUCAGUCUGUGUGACUGCCUGCCUGUGUGUGUCUGUCUGCGUGUGUGUGUGUGUGUGUGACUGUCUGUCUGUGUGACUGUCUGUGUGUGACUCCAGUUGUGUGUGUCACUGUAGCUGUGCCGUUGUGUGUGCCUGUAUGUGUGACUGUGUUUAACUGAGUGUGUGUGUGUGCGCAUGCCUGUAACCGAGUGUGUAUGACUGUCUGCUUGUAAUGGAGUAUUUGUGACUGUCUGCUGGUGACUGUGUGCCUGUAACUGUUUGUGAUUGUGUGCCUGUAACUGUGUGACUGUCUGCCUUUAACUAUGUGUUUGGCUCUGUGACUGUCUGCCUGUAACUGAGCAUGUGUGACUGUAUGCCUGUAACUGUGUGUGUGUGUAACUGUCUGCCUGUAACUGAGCAUGUCUGACUGUCUGCUUGUAACUGUUUGUGUGACUGUCUGUCUGUGCCUGUGUGUGUGACUGUAUACAGGCAACUUGGUGGGGACUUUUCGCACAGGGUGCCUAAUUGCCUAAGGCCGGCCCUGGGUGGACCAAAGUUAUAAUUUGUUUUGAUAUAAAAGAAAAGAGAAAACAUAAACCUUUUAAUACGUGGCGCCUGGAUGAUAAUAUUCUGUCUAAUAUAGAAGACCAAAAACAAAUUAAAAAGUUAAUAGAACUGUACUUUAUUGAAAACAAAAUGGAAGGCAUGUUUUAUGCAACCAUCUGGAGUGCCUUUAAAGCCGUAGUAAGUGGGUACUUGAUAAAACUCAAAAGCAAAAUCCAAAGAGAAAAAGGUAUCUUUAGGGAAGAAUUAUACAUAGAGUAUUACAAGCUAUCUAAAAAUAUCUAAACGAUAAAACAAUUAGAGGAGAUUAAAUAUAAAAAAAAUAAUAUAGAAAUGGAAUGUAUUAACAUGAAAAUUAAUUUCUAUCACAACAACAAUAAAAAAACAAAAUGGCUAACUAAUAAACUCAAAAGGAAAUCAUAGAAGAAUAAGAUAGUAAGUAUUAAAAAAAGAACAUAUAACAUAUAGAAACCCAGAGACUAUAGCUAAGAUUUUCCAAGAUUAUUAUGAAGAACUAUAUAAUAUCCCAAAUCAACCAACAGAAAAUCAAAUAAAAAUUUAUCUAAAAGAUAUAAACUUCCCUAAACUAACAUGGGAACAAAAUAAUUCCAUAAAUGUACCCCUCACUAAGGCAGAAUUUAAACAAGCUAUUGAAAAAUGUGAAUAUUUUAAGACUCCUGGCCCAGAUGGUCUGACUAAGUUUUUAUAAAAUUUACAAAGAUAUAUUAUUGGAACAGUUGGUAAGUGCCUUUAACAAAAUUGUGGCAAAAGGUGUAGGGCCAAAAGAAAUGCUAUAAUCCUACCGAUCCUAAAAAAGGACAAAGAUCCUCAAGAGCUUAGGAACUACCACCCGAUAUCACUAAUAAAUGUAGAUUUAAAGGUGUUUUGUCAAUUAUAGCAGAUAGGUUAAAGAAAGUGCUCCCCGGCCUGGUCCAUGAAGACCAGAUUGGUUUUGUUCCCACCAGACUGGCAGGUGCCAACUCCAGGCUCCUGAUUAAUAUAAUAGACUGGGAAGAGAGAAUGAAGAUUCCCCUCCUGAACCUGUCAUUGAAAGCAGAAAAGGCCUUCGACAGGAUCGGGUGGGGAUAUAUGUUUGGGGUGCUGGAGGCUAUGGGCUUUGAUGGUUGGAUGAGUGCAGCAAUUAAAACUAUAUACCAAGAACCGAUGGCUAGAGUUGUGGGAAUAGAUUUGUGCUCCGACUGGUUCCGAUUGGGCAGUGGCACCCGUCAAUAAUGCCUGCUGUCACCAAUACUUUACAUACUUUCAAUGGAGCCUUUAGCAAUAAGAAUAAGAGAAAAUCCAGGUAUAAGGGGGAUCCCAGCAGCUGCUAAGGAAUUGAAACUGUGUAUGUAUGCGGAUGACACUAUAAUGACCCUGACUGAUCCAUUUGCUUCCGUUGCCCAUCUGAUGAAUGAGAUAACGCGAUAUAGCAAAAUAUCCAACUAUAAGGUUGUGUUUAAAAAUUGUGAAAUGGACAGAAAAAACAGCUUUAAAGAAGCCAAGGGAACUUUUGAAUAUCUGGGUAUAUUGUUGUCUGAUAACAUAGAUAGAAUAACAGAGAUCAACUUCCUGAAACUGAUGAAAUCCACAGAUUUAGUUCUUCAAAAAUGGAACACUUUGCUAUUAAGCUGGCUGGGAAGAAUUAAUAUCCUAAAUGCCUAUAUAAUUCCUAAAUUGACUUACUUCUUUAAAAUGAUCCCCUUAAAAAUACCGGCUAGCUGGUUGGAGAUUAUACAGAGUGUAAUAAACGUUUAACUCGCAAGUUGGAAUAAACUUGGAAUUAAUAAUAACAUUAAUAACUAAAAAUAAUAACUUAAAAACCGAGUGUAAAGUCAGAGUCCACACUCCUUGCUUUCGGCAAUUCAAUAAUAUUUAUUAAUAAAGGCUUAAUCAAACAAAUAAACAAUACAUAUACAUUUGAAAUAGGCUAGUAUAUGUUGCUACUAAAACUAACAUUGACUGAAUGGAAAGUAGGCUAAAUUAACAUAGCAAAACAGGCAUAGACACGUGAUACAGUUACCACUCCAUUGAUCAGCAGCUGAGAGUAAGAGAGAGAGGGUGUGUAUAGUUGGGAGAGGGGAGAGAGGAGAGAGAAGGUGAAGAGAGGUAAUUCAAAGAGAGAGAGAAUGUGCUAUUCACAGGGCUUUAAACAGGUUAGCCCCUCCUUCUGCUGGACACACCUCCCUUAGUCAAUCCCUUAGGAUGUAACAGAACCAGAGUGCCUCCUGGGGAAGGGGUAUUGCAUUGGAAGGGAAUGGAGGAGGAGUUUAUCAACAACCCAACUGGUUUUGCCUGGUGAAAGGCCAUGUGCUUCACAGAGGACUCCAUUAUUGCCUAAGGGUAGAAUGGGGGCUUGAAUCCCUGUAUUAGAACACAAUAACACUUCAUUGGCAUACAGUUUGGCUGUUAAUCACAUCCCCCCACUUAUUACACAGAGAACAUUCAGAAAUUGUUUGGAAAGGGAAAAGACCCCGUAUCAAUCAAGAACAAUUGAAUAAUCCCCUGGGCCAAGGAGGUAUGAAUUUCCCUAGUAUUAAAAACCACUAUGAGGCUAGCAUAAUAUAUCACAUUCAGAUACUAACUAAAAAAGAAGUAAGAGAAGCAGGAUGGUUCACUCUGGAAACCCAAGCAGUAAACUAGAAAGAUUUAAAUAAGCUAAUUUGGCAGAAUAAAAGAUCUCCUUUACUGAAAGAAAUUAAAAACAUAACCCUAACCCAUAUUUGUUCAUCUUGGUAUAAAAUAAGAAAAAAGAUGAAAAAAAUAGGAAAUUUAUAUGGAUUUAUGGAACUAGAAAUUCUGGAAUCUCUAAUAGACAAUUUAAAAUUAGAUCUAUGGAGAGAAAAGAAUAUUAAAGUUGUAAAUGACAUAAUAACGGAGGGAAAAAUGAAAUCAUUUGCAACAUUAGUUUUAGAAUAUAAUUUACCUACAUCUGAAGUGUUCCACUAUUUAAGAGUUAAAUCACUGCUGCUAAAAAAUUUAGACGAAAAGAAAAGUCAAAUAUCAUCAUAUAUGAAAAAAAAUUUGAAAAAGGAAAAACAAAAAUAUUAUCCAAAUAUUAUUCGUUGAUGAGAUCUACGUCUAAAACGAUUCUGCCUAGGCAGUUUAGAAAAUGGGGAAAGUGAGUGUAAUACGGAAAUUGAUAUGUGUGCCUUAGGUGAAACUUUAGUAAGAACUAAGAAAAAUGUAUAAAACAUAAUUCUGUUUGAAACACACUAUAAAGUGCGCAACAGAUGGUAUUUAGUGCCAACAAGAUUAAAUAAAGUCAAUGCUAGCGAGUCAAAUAUGUGCUGGAGAUGUAAGAGGGUAGUAGGAAGCUAUCUACAUAUAUGGUGGAGUUGUGAUAAAAUUAAAAAACGUUGGGUUCAGGUUUAUAGAUUUUUACACGAGUGUGACAGAAUUGAGUUAACACCAGUAACAGUACUAUUGCAUCUGGCUUGGCCAGAUUUGACAACAUUACAAUACUUUUUGGCCACAUAUAGCUUCAUAGCUCUAAAAAUUUUGGUGGCAAGGAACUGGAAACAGUUGUCUGAAAAUUGUUAUACUCAAUGGGUAAAACAACUGACCACUCAAGUUAAAAUAGAAACAGGUAUACGCUGGAGGAAAAGUAAAGUAAAUAAGUAUAAACUGUUAGGAGAAAAAUGUUUAGAUAUGAUAAUGACAUUUACGUAAAGUCUGAGUAAUUUAUGGACUUUAGAGUUCUAGUUAAACUGGAAAAAUAUAAGAUAAGAGUUUCCCGGUUCCACUCCGGCAAUAUUUCCCACAUUUGUAGAAUGUUGUAUGUAAUGUAACAAUAGCAAAUAUUAUAUAUUACAAAUGUUUGCUUAACAAUUGUAUGGAUGUUUUAUAAUGUUUUUGUAUGUUGUAAAAAUGAAUAAACACUAUAAAAACAAAAAAAAUUAGCACCCUGCAUCAUCAUCCAGCAUCAGUUUGGCCUGCAUCAGAUGCAUGCACAGACACAAUUGGUGCACGAAAGGUGCGAAGACUGGUGUCAAAAUGAAAAUAAAAGGUGCAGCUUAGAAGCAACUGGCAUCUUUACAGUCUUGUGUGCGAUAAAUAUAAUGCAAGGUGUCAGGAAUGUCUGUUGCUCGCCAUUGCUAAACAGACUCAGGUAACCUUCCACUGCUACCUAUUGAUUCAUUAAUUUGUUAUUUUACAAUUGUUAAGCACCUUUUUUUCCACACCUACUGUAUAAUUUACUAACAUCUUAAGACCUUCAUAUUUUUAAGCUCUUCAUGUUCUGCGUCAUCACACACAACACGGUCACGCCAAAUUUGCCCUAUAUUUAUUAUUAUUAUUAUGUUAUUUUUUAUAUAGCGUCAACAAAUUCUGCCGCGCUUUACAGUGGGUGGACGAACAAACAUGUAGUUGUAACCAGAAAGGUUGGACACAGGAGCAGAGGGGUUGAGGGCACUGAUCAAUGAGCUUACAUGCUAGAGGAAGUGGGCUAACGUGACACAAAAGGUAAGGAUAGUAUUAUACUAAUGACAGUUGCAAGAGAGGAAUCAGUUGGGAGCUAUUAACAGUUUAAUUGAUAUGCUUUUAUGAAGUGGGUUUUUAAUGAUUUUUUGAAGGAGUGGAGACUGGGUGAGCAUCUAAUGGAGGACGGAAGUGAGUUCCACAGAAACGGUGCAGCCCACGAGAAGUCUUGAAGGCGAGCAUCAGAGGUGGGAGUAUGAACAGAAGAUAGACGUAAGUCUUCAGCAGAGCAUAAGGGUCUAGACGGGACAUGCUUGUGCAAUAGGGGGGAUAGAUAGGUGGGAGCAGCAUUAUGUAGAGAUUUGAAAGCAAGAACCAGAAUUUUAAAUUGAGCCCUAUAUCUUACAGGAAGCCGAUGUAGGGACUGACAAGGGUGAGGCGUGGGAGGUGCGGGCGAACAGGAAAAUGAGCCUCGCUGCAUUCAUUAUGGACUGUAACGGCGCAAGUUGGGAGCAUGUAAGACCACUGAGAAGCGGAUUACAGUAUUCAAGGCGAGAAAGGACAGUGAAAUGGACCAGCACCUUAGUCGCAUCUGGCAUUAGGUAGGGUCAGAUGCCCGAAAUGUUUUUGAGAUGGAAGCGGCGGGUUUGGCGAUAGACUGAACAUGAGGCGUGAAGGAGAGGUCGGAGUCAAAGAGAACACAAAGUAGCGAGACUGCGUGGUGGAGCUGAUGGUAGCACCAUUGACUUGCAGGGAGGGAGACACAGGAGUAGCAACACCUGAGUGAGGAAAGACCAGAAUUUCAGUUUUGGUCAAGUUGAGUUUAUGGAAGUGCGCAGCCAUCCAGUUAGAAAUAGCAGUCAGAGGCACUUGUCAGGAGGGACGGGGAGAGAUCAGGAGAGGACAGAUAGAUUUGUGUAGAAAUUAUAUUGGAAGCCAAAGGAGCUAAUGUGUUUACCAGGGCCGUCUUUAGCGCGGGGCAAACGGGGCCCCGGGCCCAGUUGCUCCUGGGGGGCCCCCGCGAUUUGCGCAGCCCCCUUGGAACCGGCGGUGCGGCUCUGUCCCACACGCUAAAGAGGGCAUUUGUCAGCUGGGGGCCGGUCGGGCGCUGUGAUGCUUGGCGCUGUUUGGCAGCCGGCUGGGAGGAAGUGAGUGUCGCGCGUCACUUCCGGAGAUCAGAGCCGCGCGGGAGGAGGAAGGGAGGGAGGAGGGGAGUUUCAGAGGAGAACUCCCAACUGCCUCAGACUGCCACUGGACCACUCUCCAGAAAAGGUAAGGGUGGUUGGAGGGUGGCUAAAUGUAUGUCAGUAUGUCUGUGUGUGUCAGUCAGUAUAUCUGUGUGUAUGUCUGUCUGUGUGUCAGUAUGUCUGUGACAGCAUGUCUCUGUGUGAGGAACUGACUCUGCUGGGUUUCGAACCCUGGUUUACAUGGUGCUAAACCUCUUACUUACCAGUACACCAGCCUGCCUUUUGCAAAUUUACCUGAGAUCUGAUACCAUUGCUUGUAGAGUCAAGGUUAUCAGUGACAACUCUCUUCAGCUGUGUCUGGUCAGGUGUCUGGUUCUUGGCCUAUAAAAGCCACUUCCUGUCUCUGUACCUUUGCCAGAUUAUUGUGGUUCCUGUACUCUCUAAUCAAGCGUGUUCCUGUUUCUCCUUCCUGUUGCUGAAUUUGGACUGUUUUGACUUUGCUGCUUCUCCUUCCCACUGACCUCGGCUUGCCUCACUACGAUUAUCAUCUUUCUGUUCCAGUCUCCCAUCUCUGCUUAAGACCAGAAGGCCACUCAAGGCUCAGGGGCUCAACCACCUGGGUAACGAGUGGCUACCUCUGGCAGAAAACAUUGCUGAUCUGGCUACUGGACUCCAAAACUUUGUAACAUCAAUAUCAUUACAGAAUAAUCUGGCCAUUCAUGGAGACCGUCGGAUCAGAUUCUGCAUUGGCCCAGCAGGUUGCUUUUAAUGCAAGAACUAUGCAGACCCAGGCACAGACCAUUCAAGUGCUGCAGGAUCAGGUAGCUGAACUGCAAAAUGAAGUUCAAUCAAUGCAUAGUGAGCUUACCAGCUACAGGGCACAUGAUGUUGCGGCUGAUGCUACUACUACUGUUACACCUGCACUAGAUGCCCGCUUGCCUCUACCAGAAAAAUUUGGAGGAGACCGCAAAAAAUUUAGGGGUUUCCUAAAUCAAUGCCGUUUGCAUUUCAUGAUGUUACCUAACCGUUUUCCAUCUGAAAGAGAGAAGGUGGGAUUUAUUUUUUCCCUCUCCAAAGAUGAAGCCCUGGCCUGGGGCUCCCCUUUUCUGGAACAGGACAGUCCAGUCCUGGGAAAUUUAAAAGACUUUCUUGAGGCCAUGUGCCUAGUUUUUGAUGAUCCGAAUCGCUGUGCUACAGCAAAAGCCACUCUCCUUCAUUUACAUCAAGGGAGGCGCUCUGUGGCUGAAUAUGCUGCUGAAUUCAGACAGUGGGUUACUGAUACUACUUGGAACCAAUCAGCCCAGAGAUUCCACUUCAGAAGGGGUCUCUCAGAAGCUAUAAAAGAUGAGCUAGCUCGUGUUGAUCUUCCUGUUGAGUUUGAUGCAUUUGUGCGGUUGGCUAUCCGUAUUGAUCGGAGACUUUCAGAAAGAAGAUUGGAAAGACAGGGCUCUUUUAAACCAAGUGCUACUCCUACUUUCUAUUCAAGAAUUUCUACUCCGACCCCACAAACACCUACAGACUCUGAACCUGAGGCUAUGCAGGUAGAUCUAAUAAGAGGGCCAUUAUCCAAUGAAGAAAAACAGUGGCGACGCACUCACAAUUUAUGCCUGUAUUGUGGUAGUACAGGGCAUUAUGCCAUCAAUUGCCCUAACAAGUCUAAAAGAACAAUAGCUAUGACUGCUGAGGGUGCACAGAUUCAACACCAAUCCCAGAUUUCAGACCAACUGGAUUCUGUCACACAACCCUUGUUUUCUCUGGCUCAGGGUGAAGAAG